AAAAUAUACUCGGUUCCAUUGAAUCAGGCAUGGUUUAUUAACUUUCCAUAUUAUCUUCCUUUUGCAAAACCGACAUUGUAGUUUCCUUUUUUCAUUAUUUCCAUUUUCUUUUAAAGGGUUUUCCUUUUUGCUUCUGUUAUAUAAAAGACGACAAAACGAAACGAUACAACAAAAAACAACAACAAUACACGUAAACGUGAUCAAAGUGGUCAAAAAGGAGACAAGAUAAAUUCGAUCGACAAUCAGAUAUUCGAAAAUGAUCAAUCAAAUGGAGAAGAUUUGUUUUUCUGAAGACUCGGGGGUUACGUUUUCGGAGACGGAGAUUGAGGCGGCGGAGCAGCUAGUGCAGUUGAGCGAAGAGGAUACGUUGAGCUGUAGCAGCGGCACUGGCUGUAGCGUUUCGACCGGUUACGACGGGUGUGACGGGAAAGGAUCAGAAGGCAAUAAUACGAACAUACAAGAUGAUGUUGUUAGUUCAAAGGUUAGAGAUCAUAUGGCCGAAGAGGCGCAAAACGACGGCGUGUGGAGGAUCAAGAAUGUUACGAACGGACAGAGUUUUCUGAAGGCGAUGAUGGAGACGAGGACAGGCAUACAUAAGAAGAAGAAGUUUCGGUCUCUUGAGAGCAUCUACAGAGCGACGAACGAGAUGACGAGAGAUUAAUUAGUCUUAAGGGGAUCAUGGCUAAAUAACGUUUAAUGACGUUUGUUAGAAGCGUGUGUAAUUAUACUAUAUGUCAUCGUUUUCUAUGGUUUUGUAAGUAAUGUACUAGUAUCUAUUAGCGUUGAACCGGGAGAAGGUGCUAGAAGAAUUGACGCUUUGCAAUAAUUUUAACACACAUUCUUAUUUAAA